AAAAAUACUGGCUGGAAGCAGGCAAGAUUAAAAAAAAAUACUUAUAAAAAGUAUACUCAGACAGUAUUUAUGGUAUUUUGCCUUGCCGAAAAAUGAAGUGGUAUUUUUGAUAUUUCACAAGAAACAGCAGUCCUAUAUCAAUGGAUUCAGACAGGCUGUCUUCAGCAAAUAUUUCAACACACAGUUCAGGGACAGCGGGCACAGUUGGAGGGUCUGUGGUGGGAGUCAGGCCUGGUGAAGCGGGGCUUAAAAGAGAAGAUGAGGAUGAAUAUAACUUGGGACCUUUGCCUCCGAUGUGGGAGAAGGCAUUUACACCUUCAGGAGAGGCAUAUUUUAUAGAUCACAAUACUGGUACCUCUCACUGGCUCGACCCAAGACUUGCUCGGGUCCGAAAACACUCUCUAGGGGAAUGCGGAGAAGAUGAGCUGCCAUACGGGUGGGAGAGGGUCACGGAUGAGAGAUAUGGCUCGUAUUACGUGGACCAUAUCAACAGGCGGACGCAGUAUGAGAACCCCGUGCUUCAGGCUAGGAGGUUACGAGCAGAGAAAAUAGGCCCAGAAAAUGGAAACGGCGGGCCGCCAAAUGGAUCAAGUUCAUCUGGAGAGCUGCGGGGCGAGAGAUUCGCUCUCACACUUACUAAAAGCACACAGGGUCUGGGCUUCACAUUGAUUGGCGCUGAAGGCCUGCCAGAAACGGAGGGGUAUCUACAGAUACGCAGUAUCGUGCCUAACAGUCCAGCAUGGAUUGAUGGUGCCCUGCGACCAGGAGACGUACUCGUCGGAGUUGGAGGACGAGGAGUGCGGGGCCUGUCACACGCGCAGGUGGCGCAAAUGUUCCAGAACAUCGCUCCAGGCUCCAGCGUGGCGCUACAUCUUGUCAGAGGGUACCCCCUCUCCUUCGACUCGGAAGACCCCAACACCAGGGUACUCAGUACUCUAGCAGUAGACGCCACCACCCCAGCUUCUUCAGAUGCUGUGGCCAUGCAACAAUUGACGAGGGCCUUAAGAACAAGGUUUAAUCUGGAUUCUCCAUCGAAUACCAGCUGUGGUCGCGACGAGGCGGACACGGCGACCCCUAGCCCGGGACAGCGAAGACUGAUGUCCCGCUCCUUCGACCUCGACGCUAUGAGCGAUCAGCGCGACCAGGGACAAGCACAAGAGCAGCUGAGCACCAGCGCGGCGUCGGAGGGCGGGCUGGGGCCGGGCCGCGAGCUGGUGCUGCGGCUGCGGCGCGGCGCGGCCGGCUUCGGCUUCACCGUCGCCGACAGCGUGCACGGACAGAAGGUCAAGAAGGUGUUGGACCGCUCACGAUGCUCCGGCGCGGGGCUCCGCGAGGGGGACUUACUGCUGCAGAUAGGAGACACCGACGUGCGACACGCGCCGCACCAACGGGUAGUGCAGGUUCUGAAAGACUGCCCCGCCAUGCACGAGACUACGAUCCGCGUGUGGAGACGGAACAACGCUACUGGCAGAGCCCCUCGCAGUCGCUCGGCUACUCGAGUCCCGCCUACGAACGCGACAGCAACCAACAGUCAACUCGGCAGAAGCAAGACUCCCACCGCCGAGCAACUCAGAUCACCUUCUCUGCACACACAAGACUCGCUGAGGGACAGGCUCAAUGCCAUGAACUCUGUGGAAGCCACGUACGCAGUACCGGAGCACAAGCAACGUGAAAGUCUUAUAGAGAGGCGCCGCCGGAGCAGCGCCCCCGGGACUAGACUCACUCUGCCCGCGCAGCCCUACAAUGAUCAGUGGCAGGAACGAGAAACGUGGGUCGACAACUCCAACAAUAUUCGAAACUGGGCCGAAAACUCACAGAAAUGGGACGACAACGCCCAAAAGUGGGAAGAAAACGGGCAGAAAUGGGAACAGAAUGGCCAAAAAUGGGAGCAGAAUGGGCAGAAAUGGGAGCAGAACGGGCAAAAGUGGGAAAACGGGAACGGAUGGGAGAACGGGGAGAGAUGGGACGGGAAUUGGGGGGAGGUGCCGACGCCGACGGUCCAUGUCGAUAUGAAUGCGGCGUACUGGAGGGGGAACGCUAGUGUCGCGGACAGCAGCGAUAAUGGAGGGUUUCCAGAAGAUGGCAUGCUCCACUCGCCAACCACGGCGGCGCUGGGCGGGCUGCCUCCGCACGCCCAGUCUCCUUCCACCAGCCGGAUGAGGCCGCACUCGCCUUCCAAUUCCACAGGUCGUAUGAGAAGCCAGUCGCCCAGCAAUACCAGCGCCUCCGAACGACUCUUAGGCGCGACGCCUACUGCAAGACUGCACAGCCGCUCGCCGUCUAACAAUUCACCUUCCAGGAGCAAGGACAGUAUGAGAAUGCGAGAAAAUUCCCCGCCCCGACAUAUGCACUCUCCCGUAUCUCGAAGAUCGCCAUCUUGUUACGAUAACGACUCAAUAGCGCAACAAAAUGCCGUCUACGUCGGUAACUACCCACAGGUGGAGGCAGGCGGAGCGGCGGACCCGGAGGCGGACGUCCUGGUCCGUUUGGCUCGAGGAGCGGCCGGCUUCGGCUUCCGUAUCGUUGGAGGCACUGAAGAUGGCAGCCGCGUUGCCGUUGGCUAUGUAGUCCCUGGCGGCCCGGCGGACGGGCUGCUGCGGCCGGGCGACCUGCUGACGUCGGCGGACGGCGUGUCGCUGGCCGGCGCCACGCACGCCAGCGCCGUCGCCUACGUGUGCCAGGCCGCCGCCAGGGGACACGUAACGCUAGGUGUGCGGCACAAUCGAGCCGACAUACAAUCUUUGGGGUUACCAACAAUGCCGACUCAACAUCAACCCUUACUUACGUCGGAGCCGGCUCCGCACCGGCACCUGCAGCUGCAGCCCGCGCCCGCGCCCGCGCCCGCCUACAGCCUCCUGCACCCCGCGCCGCUCUACCCCCCGCAGCCCCCGCCCCAGUAUGGAGUGCAAUACGACACAGCGACCGGCGGCUGGUCGUCAGUACCCUACGACGUCACGGUCACGAGGAAUGAGGGAGAAGGCUUCGGGUUCGUCGUCAUCUCGUCCACCAACAAGGCCACCAGCACUAUUGGCCAACUGAUCCCAAACUCGCCUGCUGCUCGCUGCGGCCUGCUACACGUAGGUGACACCAUCGUAGCCAUCAACCACACGCCAGUGAGAAACCUACCACAUCCCGAGGUCGUCGCCUUGAUCAAGCACUCGCAUCGAGCGGUAACACUCACUGUCCUACCACCACAACAUACGCCACCGUAAAUGUACAAUUCUGGGGCGUUGCCCCUUAGGAGGACACUGUUGUUGUGGCUUUUGAUCAAACGCCAGUCCGCAACCUACCACAUCCAGAGGUCGUUGCCCUGAUCAAGCACUCGCGACGAGUGGUAACACUCACUGUUCUACCACAACAACAUACCCCACCGUAAAUGUACAAUUGUGGGGCGUUGCCCCCUAGGAGGACACUCGUGGCUUUUGAUCACACGCCAGUCCGCAACCUACCACAUCCAAAGGUCGUUGCAUUGGUCAAGCACUCGCAUCGAGCGGUAACACUCACUGUUCUACCACCACAACAUGCGCCACCGUGAAUGUACAAUUGUGGGGCGUUGCCCCCUAGGAGGACACUUGUGGCUUUUGACCACACGCCAGUCCGCUACCUACCACAUCCAGAGGUCGUUGCCUUGAUCAAGCACUCGCAUCGAGCGGUAACACUCACUGUUCUACCACCACAACAUACGCCACCGUAAAUGUAUGUACAAUUUUGGUGACCCCUAAGGGAGAAACCAACUUUUUUUAUGAUUGUUAUACAUGCUUAUGUGUAAUGGUUAUAUAAAAUACCCUUAUAAUAUUGCGACCAAGAUGUUUACAAUAAACAAUCGAUUUGUUUUUUUUAAGAUAUCUAGAAAUCUUAAAACCUAGUUUUAAUAAAAACAUCGUGCACUGAUACGAUAUGUGUCAUAAAAUUGACGCGAACUGUUCAUUAGGUACAUAAAAACCUUAGUCAGUAAUGAAAUUAUAGCUUUAAUAAAAUCUUUUAUAAUAAUGAAGUCAAAAUUUAAGGUUGUGGUUUUUGCCAAUGGGUGGAAAGCUAAAUGCUAUUUACAGCUAUUUCGUAUUUUAGUACCGUCCAAAAUACCUUAAGCUUUAUACUUGUACAUACCGUGCCUUAUACAUACUGUUUUUGUAAGUAUGUACCAUGGGUAGGCAUAUACAUUUAUUAAUAAAUAAAUAAUAUCUUGUUUCAAGCGUAAGCCUUAUGUAUUGUAUUAUCUGCUAUAUGUGCUAAUUUAUCAAUGAAGUUAAAACUAAAAGCUCAAAGCAGAUGAAUCAAAUUAAAGUGGAAUAAAAUGGUUUUUAAAAAGCAGUUUUGCACCACUUGUUUUUGUUUUUUGGAGAUCGCUGGUUUUUUAAUGGCAGUAUAUGAAUAAUAGACAGAUAGACUUUUGUGCCCUCUGUAUUGAGCAAUGCCAAUUUUAAGACUCGAUUAGGACCAAAUAUGCUUCACGCUUUACAGCGAUUUCGAUGUAAUGAGCCCUUCACAGUGAAUAUAUAAAUAUUUGUGCUGCGAAUCAUUCAAGGCGGUAUAUUUUAAUUGUAUCAAUUUAUAAAGGUCAUUGAACGUGUACUGUGCAAGUAUUGUUAGUUAAUUGUAUAUUUUAGACGCGCGGUUGUUUUAUGCGCUAAACGCAGGGUUGAACCCAUGCGUUAACGGAAUGUAUGAAAAAUGACAAUGCGCUUACAACAAUAUAGUGUCAUUAGAUUAGAUCAGGGGGGUCUCCAAAGUUUUUUGCCUGAGGGCCAUAUUGUGCCUCAGAAUUUUCGCGCGGGCCACCGUCAGCGCCGAGUGGGUGGGGGUGUAUCUGGUUGCUGCUGAACUGACACUGAUAGGGCUGAACA